CUCUGCUAUGUCCGCACCACUCUACUUGGCGACCCAAGCCUGAAAGAGAGGUCUGUGUUACACUGACAAGACCUCGAAAACGUAGUUGGCGGAUAACAGAAUAACCUCGGGAGAAGCUUCGACGUAUGGCUCAGAAGCCUACAGAUGAAGCAGCCUUCGGUGUUGCCAUGCCUGGUCGCACCUCCAUUCCCUCCGGCGAAGACUCUGUUUGGGCCGAUGUGUCGCCCCUCCUUCAAGCUGCUUGCCAAGUUGGCUACAGAUCUUCAGGAGGGAGAGCUGAUUCGUGGAGAUAAUUUCAAUCUGUUUGCUGCAAUGUCAGCGUUAGAGAUAAUGGACCCAAAGAUGGAUUCAGGCAUUGUUUGUCGAUAUUACUCUCUUGAGGAAGCCAUUGAGAAUGGUGCUGCUCCAGUUCCUCUAAGUGUUGAUAAAACAACUGAUAUACGAUGUACAAUUGACAUUAUGGACCAUCUUCUAGCAUGUGAGGCAACAUGGCACAAGGGUCAUUCACUGGCACAAACCGUUUAUUCUUGCCUCUAUCUCCUACAGCCUGACAGAACAUCAUCACAUGCCCUUUUGCACUCGUACUGUAGAAUCAUACGGGCAACCUGCAAAGCAGUUCUUUCUGUUGUCUCAGAUGCGCGCACACAUGAAGAAGAGGAUCUAUUUACUAUGGCAUAUGGCCUUCCUUUGAGUGUGGAUGGAGAUGAUAAGUGUUUAGCAAUGCUAAAUGCUGUUGAGGAAACAAUAUCACGCCAGCUGCGUGCAUGUAAAUCAUCAUCUAAACGAAGAGUAUUAGAAGUUGCAGAUAUAGAGCCUCUUCAAAGUAAUCCUGAUCUAGAAGAAGGGUACUGCAAAGCACUGUUAUGCCGAUUACGUUUUCGUAAGCAUUUGUACCAUCUUUUGAUGUCUAUCAGACGGCCGCAAGGGAGAGGUCUGGAGUUGGCAAGAAAACACAUAGUUUCAUGCAUUUCAGAGCUUGAUUGCAUUCUAAAAUCUUCAGAGUUUCUCAAAGCUAGUGCUCAGGGAGUCUGUGAACAAAACAUAGAAGAGACAACUGCAUCUGGUUGUCAAGCAAUUGGAUUUGAUGCUAGUCUAAAUUGCAGAUCAUCAGCCCCAACUCCUCCCCGAUCUAUUAAAAUUCUCAGUUGGAAAAAGGCUGUUCAGUAUUUUGUGAAACUUCUUCAAGAUUUAGACAUUAUAUGUUCUUGCUCCUUGGAUCCAUCAUUGGAGGCUGCUUUGCACUUUAUGGUUAAAUUUCAGAAGUCUCAUCCUGAUUUGGUUGCUAGAUCUCAUCUUCAGCUUCUUCUGGUCCAAGAUGGGAAGCUCUACGGACGGAUUCCCAUGUUUGCUCUGAUCACUAGAGCUGCUGGAUUACCUGAAGUCACCAAGGAUCAUGACAUUCAAAAGAAUGAAUUCUUGGUACAGCUUGGCCAGUUAGUAAUUAAUUUGCUCAAAAUCCUAUGUACCAAUGCUGCAUGGCAAAGACGUAAACUAGGGAAAAUGUUACAAGACUGGCGCGUCAUCUAUGUUCAGCUGGAGCUCGCUUUUAAAAAGGAGUUUGGAGAAGCCUCAAACCCUUACAAUGAUGAGUCAUGCUUCAAAAUAUUCCAACAGAUCCUCAUGUGGGUUGAAGAGCAAACUUAUUGGAUAGCUUAUCGUUUUCUUAUUUUGGGUUUUGAAUUGGAACUUUACUCCGUACAUGAUUAUUGCAUGGUAUACUGGUACAUAUAUACAAUUUUGAUCAAGCUUGCAGAGAAGACGCAUCUCAGAAUCGUAAUGAAUAGUGGCACUGCCAAAAAGAAAGCAAAGAAGAAAAAGGAUUCUUUUAAGGAUGUAGGAAGAGAUUUUCAGAUGCCAGGAGCUGUCUUGUUUCUUCAGAGCCAAAUAUAUCUAGCUGAAGGAUUAUGCAUGAUGUUUGCCGCCUUGAAGAAUGAGCACAUUAUAAGAGCCCCGCAGAGCCCUUUCAAUACAGAGCAUGAGAUAUUCAUUCAGCAAUUUGAGCUGCUACGCAAAGCUUGUCUCCCUGAUCACAUCUCUUACAGAUCCUUUAAGGAAUCAACAACGCAUGCCAAUUUCUCCAGCCUAGUCAUGUGUGAUUACUUCAAGGAAGCCCAGAAAAUUGCGAAAGAUGCCAAGAGUUGUUUUGCCAAUGACCCCGACAAGAUGAGUGAGCUGCGUCGAGUAGAACAAGUAGCAGAGCAUAAUAGUGUCGCUUUAAACCUCAUUUGCAGGGUAGGAGCCAUUGAUCCAUCACUCGAGGUUUCUUUUGAGUUCAAUCACCAUCCAUUUUUUGCUACAGCUAUUGUGAAGAGAUCUUGAUGAACGAGAGAGUGGGAGAGAGAUGCCACCAAUUUUGAAAUACAUUACUGAGUGUUAGGAGCCAGUGAGUUUUAAUGUUCAUUUUAGCUCUUGUAUCAGUAAUGUUCUUUCGAUCAAAUUUUGUGGUUCACUUAUGAUAUUGAAAUUGUAAUAUUUUUUUGAUGGAGAAAUAAAUAAAUUAGUUUUAUAGACUUUCUA